CUCGGCAAGAAAUAUUAAGGCCAUUUAGAAUGGUGAAUUGCUGUACGAUUCCAAGAGAAUCCUUGCGUGUUCUGUGCUCAUUCAGGCCGACAUAUUUUUUACGGGAAUAGUCAGUGCAGCAAUGAAAAAUAAGGUGACAUACAACUACAAGCUUCGACUAGAAAAGCAAUCCGGAGAUAUUUUAAGUUCCCACUGCGAAUGUCCUGCUGGUAAGGGCCCAAACGGAACGUGUAAGCAUCUAGCAGCAGUGAUGGUGAUGCUGGAGAGGUUCACUGGGUUAGGAGAACUGACUGGCAUUGAGAAAACGUGCACAGAGAACCUAAUGAUGUUCAAUAAACCAAAGACUUCCCAUAAAGGAUCACCAGUAAAGGUAGAACAUCUUUCACGAAAACGCAAGUCAGAGUCAAUAUUAGAUGAUCCCCGUCCAGAGAAGAGGAGGAAUAUGGAGGGUUUUGAGGACAGGGUGAGGAACAUCCUCAUCAAUUAUACCGCAAAAUCGUCGGCAGAUAUUGCCUAUCGCUACUUAUUCAAAGGAGCUGAUUUGAAGGUAUAUGUAAUAAAACUAGAGGUACUGUGA